CGCGACGCUCGAUCGGCGGUCAGUCAAGGUCCUGCGCUACGUCGGGACGCUCACGCCUCUCAGUCUCGGACACUUUGAACAUCCUGAACACACGUUGACGAAGACUUUAGAUACUUGUACUACCAACCAUUGAAGAUAUCCUUUGCUUUACGAGUAAUUUUUUUUAAUACACCCCCUUAUCAACGAUCCAAGAAAAAGAUAAAAGGGCGGCAGUGUUAAAUCAAUUGAUUGUGAAGCGUUAAUGAGAAUUAAAUAUUACGAGAAUAAUUGUUCUCCCUUUGUUACCAAUCGAGAAACUCGAAAACUGACUUGGACUUUUUUUUAAAUACAUUCUUGCAUGGAUUUUUUACUAGUGAACAUUGUUACCACUAGGACGUAUGUCUGUGGGAUUUUGUGUCGGGAGUUCGUAAUUGAUAAGUGAAUCUGAAGAAGAUACAGUUUGAACUGUACAGGAUCCCUACGCCAGAUGAACGAUACGAAAGAGAUAUAAGUAUUUUGUAUCGUUCAUUGGCAAAUCUGGAACGUGAUGUGUGAAACGGUACCAAGAAGUUGGCACAUGAAACCGGAACUCCGCUGCAGCGGUGUCGGAGUAUCUACGGGGGCCCUUUCACCCCCAGCAACUCUCUCGCCGCCAAGCAGUCCAAGUGCCUUACCGGCUUCGCCUUGGAGCCCAGGUUGUCCCGGAAGUAGUUCGAGCAGCGCCACAUCCAACACUUCCGUAACUGGUCAGCCAAUUCCGGAUCGCUUUAGCGCUUUCACCCUCGUUUCUAAUUACAACCCCGAGUUGAGGCUUCGCAAUUUGGCUGUGUCCACGGGAGUGAUAGCACGCGAAAUGCGUUGCGGACUUAUGUACGGUGGGGGUGGAUACGGUAGCGGUAGCAGCGUCGGAAGUAGUGGUAGCUCCGGAGGAUCUGGAGAUGUGGUACCGGGUAUACACGGGACACCAGGAAGUAAUAUAUCCUGGUGGGCCCAUCACGCAGUGGGUCUUCUGUUGCCCCAUUCGAUUCUACCUCCAAGAAUUGGACCUCAGCAAACGAUACCGGUUGCCAGUUGUUCACCAGUACGCGAUGAGCCUCCAAGUCCUACUCGAACGACAUCUCCCAAAAGGACGACACCUGAAAAAGUCAAGUUUGAGGACGACGCGCCGUUGAACCUCAGCACCAAACCCAUCGACGUAUCAUCCUCCUCGUCGAGCAUUGGACGUAAAAGCGAAAUCUGGUCGCCCGGAUCUGUUUGUGAACGGGAAGCCAAGGAAACCAGGCCGCAUGCGGAACUCAGCCCUACCACAGCUUGUACUCCUGUUGUCACCAGUACGCAAAUUCAUCAUUCCCCACUCACGCCGCCAUCUUCGACAGAAAGAAUUUUUCAGUGCAAACAGUGUGGAAAAGCUUUCAAGAGGUCCAGUACCUUAAGCACUCACCUUCUCAUACACUCUGACACAAGACCUUAUCCCUGUCAAUAUUGCGGAAAGAGGUUUCAUCAGAAGAGUGACAUGAAGAAGCAUACCUAUAUACAUACCGGCGAAAAACCGCACAAGUGCGUCGUCUGCAGCAAGGCGUUUUCCCAGAGCAGCAACCUGAUCACGCACAUGCGUAAGCAUACAGGCUACAAGCCCUUCCAGUGUGGACUUUGCGACAAAGCCUUCCAGAGGAAAGUCGAUCUGCGUCGUCAUCGCGAGGGUCAGCAUCCGGCCGCACCAGCGCUGGACUAUCGUUCUCUUCAAGUGCCUCCCACGAAUACUGGAAACGUAACGAGCCUUCAUCAUUCCUCGUCCUCUGCUCUUGCGACUUAUCCACGCACGAUAUCCUUACCCGGUAGCAGCUGAAGACGUCGCGGCGUCUCUCGUUACUGCAACCAGAGGUCAUACUUGUUAGGGUAGUCGAGGAGCUGGCGCUUCUGCAAGGGGGGAAUUCUUCGUGUAGGAGCGAUUACGGCGACACUUCCAGUUAACUAAUGGGCUGAACGCGCAUGCGCAGAACAUCUUUUAAAGCGAACGCCACAAAUCACGUGCUCGUUACGUUAACCAAAUCGUAUACAGUAUAAUUGCUCUACGAGGAAAGUGUCUCUAUGUGCCUUGAUAUCUAAUUAUAAUCUUUUUCUUUGUUCUUUUAUUUUUAUUUUUUUUUUUCUUCGUCGGUGUCACCGCAUACCUGAUUCGUAUUUAUUAAUUGAUUAAUUGUUUAUUUAUAAAUGCAUGCACGCGUACGCGACUCCGGUAUUACCGGGGCGAUCGAUGUGCGCGAGAAUUUGCGUAAUCCUCUAAUCGCGGAGUUGUACUUAAAAAAAAAAAAAAUAGAACGUAAUUGUAUGAUUAGCCUAUAUCUUUCUAUAUAUGUAUAGUCCAUCGAAGCCAAAGCUGCCCUUAUUGGUGGGAUCGAUCAAGCGCACGUACCAGUGUAUACGUUGACGUACUUUAGCCUAUAAUUAGGAUCUAAUACAAAUUUAUAUAUAAAUUAGAGAGUGGACCACGUCCCUGGCACCGUUGUUGUACAACAUCGUGAUCUCGUUGUAGUUUGCUAUUUCGAAAAAUUGUUCGUCCAUGUUUUUGAAUUUGGUUGACGGGUGACUAAGUGUGACGGCGUCGCGAAGCGUCUCCUACACCCCUCCCAGUGCUCAACCAACCCCCCUGGCACCGGUCCGAUUACAGUUGAAAUGAUUAUUUUCUAAAAAGACGAUCAUACCGUGAACAGCAAUGACAAUUGUUUAUUGCACACCCUGCACAUCUUUUCUCCGUGUAAAGCAUAUCAAUGAGCCUCGUUUUUAUCGUGGUAACAAAAACUAGAAAAAAAAAAACAAAAAAAAACAAUGUCGGUAGUCAAGAAUUUUAUUGUACAAAAUUAUUGUCCGGCAAUGAUUCAUAACAGCUAAUGGACCAAAGAUAUUAUAAGGCAGGCUGGUCAGCCGGUAGUAUUUGGCUUUUCAUCGAUGGCUGAAAUUAAUAUGAUCGCAAUGAUAUGUAUGAAUUUAGUUUAUUAAUUUCUUUUCUUUUCUUUCUCAUCAUUGACUUGCGACUCGCUUUAAUACGAUCAAUCGAUAUGCUCUGAUCGAUUUUAUUAGCCGUGUUAGCAGACACGAUGAAAAUUCGAAAUUCACCUGGCCUCGGGCCCCCGAGCGUACGUCCGUACACAUUGUAUUAUAUUAGUAUUGUAAUUUACCCACGUAGUCAACUUAAGAGGAGAGUUAGGUAAAGCACAAGGAAACGUAAAGGAUCGUGUCGCUUAUUUGUGAACGGGACACUACAUUUUUCUUUAUCUCUCUCUUAUUUUCUUUUGUGUAUACUUGUUUCUUCGCGUUUUUUGACCCUACGAGUCAACUGUUCCGCGAUCGAUCGCGCAGAAAGCUGAUCGUACGAGUUACUUUCGUUUACGAUUUAAAAUUUGUAUAAUUGGUAGAAAAAAAAAAUGAAUAUAGAGCAGGGCGUUGUACGUUUUACGUAUGGGCGCGUGCGUCGUGUAUUUUUCUGUGGAUGAAUGAGAGAUAAACGUUUUGAGUGUUUACACGUCAGGGAGAGAGAGAGAGAGAGAGAGAGAGAGAGAAUGAGAGACAUAUGUAUGAUUCAUGUUAAUCGGUAAAACCAAAAAUAUGUUUAUUAUUGCUGAAGAAGAUAUUAAUUAAAAUAAAUUGUUUUUCUUAUA